AUGUUUCUGCGUUACUACUUGGACGAGGAAGGAAAUCGAGUUUACACUCUUAAAAAAUUGGAUCCUGAAGGUAAAGAAACACUGUCGGCUCAUCCAGCGCGAUUCAGUCCUGAAGACAAAUAUUCCAAAUAUCGCAUUGCUGUUAAAAAACGAUUUAAACUUUUACCAGCUUUGCAAGCCAAAGAACUUUUUUAA